CCUGUGCGAGCCGUUCCAAGAGCAUUGCCUUAUUGCCGGAUUUAUCCAGACCACGGCGCUCCAACUCCAUCUUCAGGUCUAUAACUCUGAGCUCGGUCAACCUUUUUCGUUCCACAUCGGCCAUUAUACGCACGACAAUGGUGUGUCUGCGAGCCGAGGAAGGACUUUUUGUCAAUCGACAAUGUUCACGAAUCACGUAUCUUCCUCCAAGAGAAUACGGCCAUUACGGUUUGCUAUCGAGCGUGCAUUACCGGAAGUCACUGCUGCGUCGCUGUCAACCAAAGAGAAGAAGGGAUGUUGUGGGCAGGUUUGAACUGAUCCACCACGUACGCGAGGCGCUGCUAUACAAAAGUGCACAUAAAUUACAUAGUCGAUGUGCACGAAUUUUCUCUGUUAGCAAGGGUAAUGUCUACAAUUUCUUGGUUCUAUUCCGUGCUGUGUCCACAAACGAAGCGUUAGAUACAGACAAAUGAUAAACCUGUGUCGU